AUGACCACGACUUCGCAAAACCCGCCCGGUGUCUUGAAGAAGGCAGUCCUUGUUCAUGCGCCCGAUCUCAAUGUUUCUUGCCGCGCCCGCCUUCGUAUUGCCCAUGAUCGAACUGCUAACCAAGGAUGCAUCUCCCUUUCGAUAACUGCAGAUCUCGCUAACCUGAGUGGCAGAUCACAGGUACUGACUUUGAAUAUCCCCCCGGAAAGGGUCCAACAAUGUGCUUUAGCUCGGCAAAGCAACAAUGAACUCUGUUCAUCUCAUUUGAUUCCUCUGCUCCCAGCGCCUGUCACCAAUGUUUCGGCGGUCUCUACACUGACUUUGAGCCUCUGUGCGACCGGCAUUGUUCUUUGUCCAUCUGAGAUGAACUCUUUAAGCCCAGCCACACCAGGAGACAUUGAUUUCCAUUCAUUUGCAAAGAUCUGUCAAUCCCAAUUCUUCUAUGUAUACUUCUCCAGACGACAAUUCGUGAAUAAAGAACUUGAUAAGCUGGAAAUAUUUUCCCGUGCGCUACGGAAAGGGUGUCUUCAGACAGUGUCUUUUGACCACACACGCCAUGGCAUGGUCCAGAAAGAUUGGCGUGUCUUUAAUCUGUCGCCCGAUCCACCCCCAUAUUGUCCGGAGCUCGUAUCUGAGCCGUUGGAGCAGGUGGAUCCACCACUAUAUUGUGAGGAGUCCGUGUCAGAGCAAGUAGUGAGAAAACGGCAGAGAGUGUCAUCUCAUGAUGAAAGCCGGAAAAGAGUGCUCCUUCAAACCCCUCCACCGAUAGGCUCUCCCACCGAAGUAAAUACGCCAAGUACUACUCGCUCAUCGUCACCGUCCUCGAUCCGCCCAACUUACUUCACCAAUGGUUCCUCUGCUGGCGACCCAGUGCGAAAGAAACUUGCGCGUCUUGAACAUGAGCUCCGUGGUAUUUCCGAUGACCUGAUUUGCGAACUACUAAUCCGAUCCGGACGAGGACAUCUGCUGGCCAUAUCAAAAAACGUAGACCGUGACCUGCCAUGCGAGGUUGAGAAGGUCAAUUCUACCGAGGUCGAGAUGAUUGAGCAACGCCUCAAACGAUAUGUCGAUGAAAUGAUUGAGCGCCGUCUCAAAUCAGGCGUUCUGGACGAAGUUGUCGAUAGUGCUGUCAGCGAAUGUCGUGAUCAGAUCUAUGAUGAAUGCAAAACGAACCAAGCCGAAUUUCGUGAACAGGUCGAUGAUGGUAACUCCGAGGUACGCAACACGACCAUUGAAUGUAUGAAGGAGAUGAACGAACAGGCACAAAGGCACAUGCAUGAAAUUGAAGAGCAAGCGCAACAGUGCAUGAGGGAUAUCGAGGAUCAGGGAAUCGAGGUUGAGAUGUCUGCGAAGAAGAACAUGGCAAAGCUCGGGCGAUGGUUCACUACCCCUGCUCAGUCCUUACCCGAGACCACGGUAAACCCUAGCCAUGAGAUAGAUACUACUGCCAGGCGCAGUUCCAUAUAG